AGAAAGUGUCGUGUUGUUUCGCGCGAUUCCAGUGUUAAAAACGUGAGUCGUACCGCGAAAAAUACAAAAUAAAAAAUAGUUUGUUUUUUCUUCUGCAGUGUUGUGUUUCAAUGGUGAUAAGUGAUUAUGUUUAGUGCGCCGAUAAAGCUAUAACUAAUAAAGAUCUUCGCUGACGUUCGACAACCUGGAAAUCGCAGUGUGUAACGGUUCUAUUUCCAAUCGAAUCAGUUCUAUAUUUAAAAAGUGCAUCGACAAACGGAAUAAACGAGUUUUAUUAAAAAGAAGGUUUCAUAAGAAGUGUAAAUUUAAUCUGACAGUUAAUUUAAAUAACGGAGUGCACGGGUUUAUUCGUUUCUGCUUCGGAAUUUGAAAUAGAUGGAUUCGAAUUUUGAUUUUUUUUUUCGAAUUAGUGAAUUUUAAUGAAGCGAUGUUUAAUGUGAUCAAAGAUUAGUGAUUGAUUGUUCGGGAGUGCAAGUGCUGUGCUGUUUGCUUCUGUAUGAUGUGUGCCGAGUAUGGGUGAUACUCAGCACAAGACCUGCGUGAGGGUGAACUCCGCAGACGACGAGUCACGCGACGAGGUCGACCAUGAACUGCCAAAGAAGAAUCCAUUUGUUAGAGGCUCCGACCCUCGCGUGGCGACCUGUCGUGGUCGUUUGCAGACACGCCGGUGCCAGCUCAACCAAGAAAUCAACAAGGAACUCCGGCUCCGAGCAGGCGCUGAAAACCUUUUCAAGGCAACAACAAACAGAAAACUUCGCGAGACGGUCGCCCUCGAGCUGAGUUUCGUGAACUCAAACUUACAACUCCUCAAAGAGCAACUCGCCGAACUCAAUUCAUCGGUGGAGCUAUACCAGAAUGACAGCAAAGACUGCGUAAUGCCGAUGAUACCCUUGGGGCUGAAGGAGACCAAGGAAGUAGACUUCAGAGAGCCCUUCAAAGACUUUAUCUUGGAGCACUACAGCGAAGACGCGGCGGCCUACGAGGACUCUAUAUCAGAUUUCAUGGACAUGAGACAGGCCAUACGCACUCCAGUCCGCUCGACAGCUGGCGUAGCACUGCUUUUCAAGUAUUACAACCAGCUGUACUACAUCGAGCGACGGUUCUUCCCGCCGGACCGCUCGCUCGGCGUCUACUUCGAAUGGUUCGAUUCGUUAACAGGAGUCCCGUCGUGUCAGCGAACGGUUGCAUUUGAAAAAGCAUGCGUGUUAUUUAACAUAGCUGGCAUCUACACACAGAUUGGCGCUAAACAAGAGCGCGCCACGUGCGCGGGGCUGGACGGCGCGGUGGACGCGCUGCUGCGCGCGGCGGGCGCGCUGCGCUACAUACACGAGAACUUCACCAACGCGCCCUCCGUCGACCUCGCCGCCGACACGCUGCUCGUGCUCGGCACGCUCAUGACGGCCCAGGCGCGCGAGUGCCUGUUCGAGAAGCUGCAGCUGCAGGCGCGCGACGCGUGCGGCGGGCGGGAGCGCGAACUGCGCGAUGACCUGGACAUGUGUCUGGACCUCGCGCAGGAGAGCGCGCAGCUCGCGCACGUCUACCAGCAGCUGUACGAGAAGAUGCAAACGGAAGGUGUAUUCAACUACGUGCCAUACUCGUGGGUGUCGCUUGUACACGUUAAGACUGAAUUUUACAAAGCGCUGGCGCACCAGUACUGCGCGACGGGGCUGCUGCACGCGCCCGCCGCGCGCGCCGCGCCGCGCCUCGCCGCGCUCUACGCGCCCGCGCUCGCCGGGGAAGGUUUUAAAUUCGACGAAGACUUCGACAACACGGCCCUCGGCCGCGCUCACCUGGCUGAGGCGAUAGCGCUGUACGAGGAGGCCUUGAGGCUCCAGAGAAUGUGCCGCGAGCUGCGCAACAAGGAGGCGCUGUCGGCGCUGGUGUCGGCGGCGCGCGAGCGCGCGGGGCGGGAGCGCGCGCCGCCCGCCGACGACUUCGCCGACAUCCUCGACGCGCCCGACAUCCUGCCAUCUUCAAAAUUUCAAUUAGCGUUAACCCCACCCGACUUCGCCCAAUUUCGCGUCGAUGAUCUAUUCAAGUCCCUCGGACCGAUCGCGGUGUUCUCCGCCAAGCGGCACUGGAGCGCCCCUCGAUUGAUACAACUACAAAAGCCAUCAGAAAAACGCAGAGAAGCGAGAAGGGACCGAAGGAACGGAAAGAAAGACGACGAAACGAAGAUCGAACGACGACAGAGCGACAAACGAGACAAAUCGGAAGACAAUUCCACGUAUUACAACCAGAUUAUCAGAAGCGACGAGAAAUAUUCCGACGACUACGACAAACACCGGGUCACGAAAAAGAACGGAGUUUACAUAAACAGCUUCGAUAAUGAUUAUCAUCCCAAGGUCUUGGACGAUAAGUACGGUUACAAGGACAGCUUCAAGGACUAUGGAAAGACGAAGAAUGGCAAGGAGAGGGUUAAGGGUGAGCUGAGGAGGGUGGCCAGCGAAUACAACGUGACGAAUUCGAACGAUGACGAAGGGUUCGGGUUCUCGGUGAGAGGAGACGCGCCCGUCAUGAUCGCUGGCGUUGAACCCAACUCUCUUGCUGAUAUCGGGGGCAUGCGCGAAGGCGACUUCAUCAUCUCCAUCGGCGACCGCGACGUGAAGUGGAGCUCGCACGAGGAGGUCGUGCGCCUCAUCCGCGCCGCCCCGCGCGCACUCGCGCUGCGCCUCGCCUCGCCCAUGGACACGCCCGCCAGGGACAAGGCGUCACCCGAGGCUGCCCGCCAACCGAGUUCGAACCAAGGUUCCGUGUCUGGAGCCUCCAGUGCGUCGAGUGGCUCCACCGCCCUCACGGCACGCUCGGGACGCCGCCCCCCCUCUUGGAACCCCUUCAAGCGACACUCGCACGUCCCCCGCACGGAACACACCGUGCACAGUAACGUCAUGUUCCGCUAGACCACGGAGUAAGGUCGCCGCCGCAUCUGCGAGAUGCUGGUCGCGUUUGUGGACACUUCUUAAUGCUGUACCGACUGAAGAAUAUCGUUUGUUUACCUGCUAUGAUAUUACACGUAGCGAUUCGCACAUCGUUGCCAUAUAUCAAAACAAACGGCUGGCAAUAUUUACUAAAUUUAAUUCCUAGACUGAAUAAAUGCAUUGUUUAAUAUUUACAUAUCAUAAAUGUAUUUCUAUUAAUAAUACUUUUAUUUGAAACUUGGAAUAUAUUGGAACUUUCGUCCCGUCUCUGACCUGUAACGUUUUUGGCGGACGAAAUGGUGAUUGUUUUGACCUAACGUUUGCAUCUAUUAUAUAUUUAGAUUCUAAAUAUAUAAUUAGGCUAAGGAAUUAAAUAUGGCUAUGACAUUCCAAAGUUUUCAUAACUAUUUAGUAUAUUUAAUAUUUUAUAUAAUAUAAUUUCACUCAUUAAUGUUUGACCGCUAAGAGACUGCGCUUCUGGGAGAAUUAAAAAAAUACAUAUGGUCGUUUAUUUGCCCCAAUAACCAAUAAUAUAAUAAAUAUUAUGUUAACUUACAACCACUGAUAUAAUUUUACGCUAAAUGAAACAUUUAAUAUAUAAGAAAGCAUAUUUUUAAAUCCAAAGUUUGCUGUUACAAUGUCAACUGUUAAUUAAUUAGUCAUGACCAACUAACAGACUUCAGAAACACAUUCUCUCAAUGGCCGGCCUUUAAUAUAUUAAAUAAAAAAAUAUUUGUGGGAAUAUAUCGAUUGGUGCUCUAAUAUUAUUAAACGUCAAAGUUCUUUUAAAAGUAUUUUAUCAUCUGUCAACAUGUGUCAUUUCAUACUUAUAUUAAUUUAUAUUUAAUUAUUGUAUAAUCGUUAUUAUGUUAUGUUUUUUUUUAAAUCUAUUUAUUUUUUUAAACUGUCACAUCUUUAUCUCGUUCAAGACGUGCACAGUUAUCGAAAAAGAAAAUCGAUUCUAACGCAACUUUUUAAAUAAAGCAGGUACUACACAUUGUAAAUUGUUUCUUUAUUUUGUACAUUUUUGAAUUUUAAUUUUCGUUAUUGAUUUUUAAUAAUGUAUGAAUGAUUGGUAUUUUGGUUGUGAUCGAUUUAAAAAAUUUUAUUGUAUUGAUCGCACCCAAAAAUUAAUUCUAGUUCUAAAGUUUAGUAUAAAAUGUAUAUCAAUGUAUAAAUUCAACGUAAGUUAACAUAAUCACUAGUGUUGUAAAAAAAAGUAAAUAUAUUUUUUUGAA